AUGAGUGAUUUGAAGAAUCUACUCCAAGAACACGCCAACAUUCAAAAAAUAUCUUUCUCAAAAAAAGGUUUACCUUAUAAUUUUGAAAAGAUCAUUGACAAGAUUGAAGAGACGUUCAGUCAACAGGCAUUUGAAAUGACACCACGCUUAGCGCGACAGUUUUUUACGCUUUGGUAUCAUACUGCCUUACGUGAUUACAUUGCCACUUCACAAGACGGAAGAUAUUGUACGUUUUUAAAGUGUUUCAGUGACGAUUAUGAAAUCACAGCGACGGACGUGCAAAUUGAGAUCAUCAUGACGGCUUUUGAUACGAUUGAACCGGACACGGAGGCACUACUGAAAGCUUUGGAUAUAUUGGUGUUAGAGAAAUGGGAUAUAUGGGUUUUGUCUGUGACAGAGGACCGUGUCAAUGAAAUUCAUAUCAAAGACUUCUUGGUGAUUAUAAACCCUGAAAAUCCUACAGGUCAAUGCCUCUCUACAAAGUAUGUCAGACGAAUUGCUAUGACCUUAAAUUAUAUCCUUUUACAAGUUCCAAAAAAAAAAGUCUUGAUGGGAUUUUCAGAGAACAUCAAAUUACAGCAAAACGCGGAAUUAGUUUCGUUUCAUUUGAUUUCAAAGGGCUUAAUUGGAGAAUGCGGACGUUGCGGAGGAUUCUUUGAAUGUGUUCAUUUGGAUAACCACGCCCUCGAACAUAUUUACAAGCUGGCUUCGGUGACUAUUUGUCCUAACAUCCAUGGACAAAUCAUGGUGGAUCUGAUGCAUGAUCCACCACAUGAAGGUCAAGUAUCUUAUCCAUUGUAUCAGUCAGAAAUAGCGUCCAUUUACAACUCUUUAAAACGACAUAGUAAGAAGCUUGAAACAGUGUUAAAUCAAAUGGAAGGUGUCUCUUGUGAGCCUACACAAGGUGCAAUGUUAUUAUUUCCUCGUAUUAUAUUUCCUGUUGAGGUCUUGGAAGCGGCCAAAAACCAAGGUGAGGUACCCGACACUUAUUAUGCAUUGGCAAUGCUUGAGGCUACGAGCGUUUGUGUUGUACUUAGGUUUGGUUCCGGUCAGAAGAUAGGAACAUGGCAUAUUAGGUUACCAGAGGAGCAUUUGUUUGAUCAAUUUUGA